AUGGUGGAAAAUGCCCGGAACCUGCUCUCCCUGGGGCUUCCAGCUCCCAGAGAAGAGGCCAUCUCCUAUUUUGAGCAAAGGGAAGGACCAUGGAUGCUGGAGCAAGAAGAACUGAGGAGCUGCUGUCCAGAAGGAGAAAUCAGACUUGAAGUGAAGAAGACUCCUGCAGACCUAAGCCUUUCUGUGAAUGAAACUCAGAAGCAAAGAUUCAUGGGUGAUUUUCCCUGGGACUUCACUUGGAGAAAAAUCUGUGCUCUUCAUCUGGGAAACCACACUGGGAAGAAAGCUUAUGAAUGUAAUCAAUGUGGAAAGACUUUCCAAAGCAGCUCCAGCCUUGUUUAUCAUCAGAGGAUCCACACUGGAGAGAAACCUUAUGAAUGUAAUGAGUGUGGAAAGGGUUUUAGACGGAGGGCCUGUCUUACCAAACAUCAGAGAAUCCACACUGGAGAGAAACCUUAUGAAUGUGUUCACUGUGGAAAGGGUUUUAAAGACACUUCCCAUCUUACCAACCAUCAGAGAAUCCACACUGGAGAGAAACCUUAUGAAUGUAAUCUGUGUGGAAAGGGUUUUACACGGAGGGGAUCUCUUACCAAACAUCAGAGAAUCCACACUGGAGAGAAACCAUAUGAAUGUAAUCACUGUGGAAAGGCUUUUAGACAGAGGGCCUGUCUUACCAAACAUCAGAGAAUCCACACAGGAGAGAAACCUUAUGAAUGUAAUCAGUGCGGUAAAGGUUUUAGACGGAGGGACUGUCUUACCAACCAUCAGAGAAUCCACAGUGGAGAGAAACCUUAUGAAUGUAAUCAGUGUGGAAAGGCUUUUAGACAGACAGCCUGUCUUAACAAACAUCAGAUAAUCCACACUGGGAAGAAACCUUAUGAAUGUCAUCAGUGUGGAAAGGCUUUUACACAGAGGGCCUGUCUUACCAGACAUCAGAGAAUCCAUACUGGAAAGAAACCUUAUGAAUGUGAUCAGUGUGGAAAUGGUUUUAGAGAGACAUUCCAUCUUACCAACCAUCAGAGAAUCCACACUGGAGAGAAACCGUAUGAAUGUAAUCAGUGUGGAAAGGGUUUUAGAAUGCGGGCCUGUCUUACCAAACAUCAGAGAAUCCACACUGGAGAGAAACCUUAUGAAUGUAAUCAAUGUGGAAAGACUUUCCAAAGCAGCUCCAGCCUUGUUUAUCAUCAGAGGAUCCACACUGGAGAGAAACCUUAUGAAUGUAAUGAGUGUGGAAAGGGUUUUAGACGGAGGGCCUGUCUUACCAAACAUCAGAGAAUCCACACUGGAGAGAAACCUUAUGAAUGUAGUCAGUGUGGAAAGGGUUUUAGACUGAGGGCCUUUCUUAUGGAACAUCAGAGAAUCCACGCUGGAAAGAAACCUUAUGAAUGUAAUCAGUGUGGAAAGGGUUUUAGAAAGACAUCCCAUCUUACGAACCAUCAGAGAAUCCAUACUGGAGAGAAACCGUAUGAAUGUAAUCAGUGUGGAAAGCAUUUUAGAGUGAGGGCCUGUCUUACCAAACAUCAGAGAAUUCAUGCUGGAAAGAAACCUUAUGAAUGUAAUCAGUGUGGAAAGGGUUUUAGACAGACAUCUCAUCUUACCAACCAUCAGAGAGUCCACACUGGUGAGAAACCUUAUGAAUGUAAUCAGUGUGGAAAGGCUUUCAGACUGAGGACCUGUCUUACAAAACAUCAGAGAAUCCACACUGGAGAGAAACCUUAUGAAUGUAAUCAGUGUGGAAAGGGUUUUAGACAGACAUCUGAUCUUACCAACCAUCAGAGAAUCCACACUGGUGAGAAACCAUAUGAAUGUAAUCAGUGUGGAAAGGGUUUUAGACUGAGGGCCUAUCUUACCAAACAUCAGAGAAUUCACACUGGAGAGAAAGCUUUUGUGGUGUUAAUGGAAUAG